UGUUUAAUUGUGUGUGUUUUAAAGGACAGUGUGUGUGUGUGUUUAUUACCUGUCUUAAUAAUACGGCUUAGUUGGUGGUUUCUUUCUACAUAGUGAUAUUAUAUGUGUGUGUGUGUGUGUGUGUGUGUGUGUGUGUGUGUGUGUGUGUGUGUGUGUGUGUGUGUGUGUGUGUGUGUCUGUGUGUGUGUGUGUGUGUGUGUGUGUUUGUGUGUGUGUGUGUGUGUGUGUGUGUGUGUGUGUUCUUUUUAAACAGCUGAAGGGCUUUUGCCCGAAACGUCCUGAAAAUAAGAUUUUUUAAACUUUUUGUGUAUUUUUUUUUAAAACAAACUUUCUUAAACACACACUUACACGUCCUGUACGUGACGUACACUUUUUUUCUGGAGUCGGCAAAUCGAUCUUAUAAUUUGUGUAAAGGACUCGGAGCAGAACCAGCCCUAUGCGGUUUCUAUAACAUUGUCAUUAUUGCGUCAUUUAUCUGGGAUCCGUGUAAGAAUCGUCAUCACUCCACGUAAGAGCUCGAGAAGAAUGCUGUCAUAUAUUUUUCUUAAAUCCCUGUAGACUUUUUUUAAAGGACUCGUUUUUUAAAGGAUUCGCAAGGUGCUAAGUAAGGGAGUGACGCAGGCUGCAGGAUGAAACGGGAGGUGAACGCGGCGCUCGAGUUUCUGCUUCGUCUGAUCAAGCAGAGAGGCACGGUGGAUGACAGCAAAGCCGAGCGCUUUGCAGACAAGCUGAGAGCCAUCCUCCACGAGAGAUACGCCCACCACUGGUACCCAGCCAAUCCCAGCAAGGGCCAGGCCUACAGGUGCAUCCGUGUUAACCGCACUCAGCCCUGUGACGAGAGCCUGCUGCAGGCCUGCAGAGAGACUGGGCUGCAUCCCUGUGAAUUGGGGCUGCCCAGGGAGCUCACACUGUGGAUUGACCCUGGAGAGAUCAGUGCCCGGUCUGGAGAGAAGUGCCAGCACUUCACAGUGGCCCAGUUUGAAGAGGAGGGAGAGGGAGAGGGGGAGCGAGAGGGAGGAGUGGAGGACGCCGCACAGAACCCCAGCCCAGACCAGAAACCCGACUGCACUGAACAGCAGACCUCAGAUUACCACUCUGCCACCUCCUCGGACUGCAGCUCAGACAACGAGGCAGGAGAGAGGGAGCAGGAGGAGGAGGGGGGCCCCGCCGAGACCCCCACAGCACCCCCGCGCGCCCCGCCACCUCGCAGCUCCAAACACAAAGAGUAUUUCUAUCACCCGGCCCCUGUGUGGCCCCGGUACAAGAGGAAGGCCCCCCUGUGGCUGAGCACCAUGUUCCAGCCUGGGGGCCCCCUGCUGGGGUACUACAUCCUGCCCCAGACCCUGAGCUACACCCCCACCGCGCAAUUCAUAAUCCCCCAAGCAGUGCUGCAGCCGAGCGGGGCCGCGAAGGGAUGAAGGGAGGGGGGGCACCGGGGUCUAGCAGAGUGAGCUGCAGUGGCAGUGCACAAACAGAGGGGGCGCCGUGUGCUAUUGAACUGUACGAUCCAACGCAAUUUUAAUGUCAUUUUUUUAAAAUUUUGUUUUGCUUCAGUCGUUGUCAGCGGGUGUAGGUUCUCUCUGCAAUCCUGAGUUCUUUCUCUGCUCUUACCGGGCUUUGAGACGCUGCGAGCUCGGCUGGUAAACCCGCACUGCAUCUUACUUCUCGUAUUCUGAUUUAUUCUGGGGUUUUGUUUCUUUGUUUGUUUGUUUUUUAAACAUGUAAAAUAAGAUUUUUAAUAUAUACAUUAACUCGAAUUUUGAUGUAAAUUACUUUUAGUAUUUUUUUACAUUUAUAUAUAUUAUAUAUUAAUAUAAAGCUUUAUAUACUAUAAAUGAUGAUGGCUUUAAUAAAUUAAUACUUUAUAA